ACUAAUUUAUUGAGCUGAAUUUGACUGCUCUAGAAUUGCAUGAUCGUCGUAUUCGUUUGCAUGUUCAGUUUGCUUCAAAAGGGGCACAGAUUUCAUCACACGGUGUCGUUUCUCUCUGGCCUCAUCGAUCAGUGUCCUUCGUUAAAAAGCCCCUCAAAUUCUUUGAAAUUAAUUCAUGCGCAGUUGGUAAAAUUCGGCUUGAAUUCAAAUAUAUAUUUGGGCAAUCGAUGUAUCGAUCUUUAUUUCAAGUCGGGAUCAACGAAAGAUGCUCUGAAGCUGUUUGAAGAUAUUCCCAGCAAAAAUAUCGUUUCUUGGAACUUAUACUUGAAAAUCUUGGUGAAAUGUUUCGACAUGGCGAGUGCGCGUAAAGUGUUCGACGAAAUGCCUGAACGAGAUGCUGUGAGUUGGAACACGGUGAUAUCUGGGUAUAUUUCGAGUGGGUUAUUUGAAAGUGCGUGGGAGGUUUUUUUGGAAAUGAGGGAUCGUGGGGUUAGGCCGAGUGAGUUCACUUUUUCUAUGAUGUUGUGUUGUGUGAAAUGUAGAGAGCAUGCCAAGGAGAUUCAUGGCCGCAUUGUGAGAAAUGGUGGGUUUAAUUCCAGCUUGGUGGUGGGGAAUUCCUUGAUUGAUAUGUAUGGGAAGCUCGGCCUCGUUGAAUAUUCUCUUGCUGUGUUUUCGAGUAUGGAGAAAGUGGAUGUGAUUUCUUGGAAUUCUGUUAUUUCUGGUUGCUGUAAAUCUGGUUAUGAGCAUUUUGCUUUGCAUCAGUUCUAUGUGAUGGGAAGUAAUGGUUUCAAAGUGGAUGAAUAUUCGGUUUCAUCUGUGCUUACUGCUUGUUCCAACUUGAGGAAUUUGGAGAAGGGUAAGCAAGUCUUUUGCUUUUCUAUGAAGAUGGGAUUUCUUGGGAAUACAGUUGUUUCUAGUGCAGCUAUUGAUCUAUUCUCCAAAUGCAACAGACUGGAAAGUGCGUUGCGUGUUUUUAAGGAAUCGUUUGCACUUGAUUCACCUCUCUGCAAUGCAAUGAUCGCGUGCUAUGCUAGCCACGAUUUGGAGGAGAAUGCUUUGGAGCUUUUUGUUUGUUCUUUGAGGGAGAAUAUUAGGCCGACAGAGUUCACUCUCAGCUCGGUUCUUCACUCCGCUUCUGUGUUUGUUCCGGUGGAGCAAGGUAGUCAGCUUCAUUCUUUGGUGAUCAAAACGGGGUUUGAAGUGGAUGCAGUUGUGACGAGUUCACUCGUGCAAAUGUAUAAUAAAUACGGGUUGGUCGAGUUUGCCUUGGAAAUUUUCUCGAAUAUGGUUUCUAGAGAUUUGGUAGCAUGGAAUACGAUGAUACUAGGAUUGACUGAUAACGGAAAGCUACUUGAAGCCGUUGAUCUUUUCAAGAAACUAUUUGAAAGUGGCUUACAUCCUGACCAGAUUACAUUUUCUGGAGUUCUUUUAGCUUGCAGUUAUGGUGGCUUGCUUGAGGAAGGCAUGGCGAUCUUCUCAUCCAUGGAGCAGCAGCAUGGAGUAGCUCCGAUAAAUGAGCAUUACACCUCUGUUGCAGAUAUGAUGAUUAGAGCUGGCAUGAUUAAUGAAGUGAUUGAUUUCUUUCAGGCGUUGCAAUGUGAACCUCAUGCUCGUACAUGGGAAUCCCUACUCCAUGCUUGUGGGGAUUAUGAGAAUCUAGAUCUUGUAGAAACCAUUGCAGACAGGUUGAUGGAAUUGGAACCUCACUCGUCUCUUGCUUACUUGAUUUAUCUGGCUAACACUUAUGAACAGAGAGGUAGAUGGGAAAGCCUUGUUCGAGUGAGGAGGAAGAUGGAAAAGGCGACCAGAAAGGAAGUAGUUGACAUCAGUUGGAUUGGUAUAAAAGGCCAUACAUUUUCUUUUGAGGCAAACCCAACGACUCAUUGUGGUGGGGAGAAUGUUUGCUCCAUUUUGGGAUUUGUAAAGCAGGAUAUGGCGACUGAAUAUGAUGAUGUUUGUAUCAACUGAUGAGAAACCGCGUUUCAGAGGAAUGGUCGGUCAGUUGCAUGGAAAGCAGAGACCGUACCCUGCUAUUUUGAUUCCGCAUCUACCUUGUCAAUAUCAUCAGUAUCCUCUGAUGAUUCCCACCAAUCAUCGGUGAAUGAAGCUGAUUGCAGGCAGACAACUUGUAGCAUUCUGGCUGGAUUCAUCAAAAGGAUUUCAAAGAACCGGUUUGCUUGCCUGCGCGAAGAGAAGGAAACCGAGCUUGGCCGAACUAAUAUGAAUCAGAUUGAGCCCAGGUUGCGUUUGUUGAGCUUAUCUCUCAAAAUUCAAUGUUCUGGAGCAGGGUGGAAACGUUAUUCGAGUUGACAGAUAAAUUUGAGAACCCUUCUGAUGUCUAUGUUUAUCAGCCAGCUGAUCUCCACGAGCAAUGGAGAUCACUCAGAGCCGUCAGCUGGAUCUCCACGCACAUAUACAUACAUUUCGUUCGUGUGCAAAGACAGAUAGGAUUUCCACAGAGAUGAGGAGAGAGUACCAAGUAUUCCAACAAGAUAUUUACUUAUCUAUUUUCUUUUUUUUUUUCUUUGCUGAAUUGUUGUAGCUUAUAUUGUGAGCUAUUUGUUGAACUUAAUUUACUCCAAGUAAAAAUAUAGUUCAAUGAUAACUUUUAGCAAGUUUAUGCUAAAAUUUGUUCCUUUCCUUGCAAUGUACAAUCAUUUGUCUUAGUCAUGAAAAGCUCUCCAUCCCUUCAUCA